AUUUACAUUGCUCUAGUCCUAUUGCUUCUUUGAAUAAAUCAUUAGUUUAUGAUUCAUGGGUAUAUUUAUCUAUGGCACAACAUUAUUGAGAUGUCUAUAGAUGGCAGAGAUGGAUUCUGCUUCAGAAGCUGUCGUUGGCAAUGACCCUGUUACGGUUGAGGCGAGUAGUUCAGAUGUGAUUCCUGAGGGAGUUAUUCUUGACCUUGAGGCAUCAGCUCCCGCGGCAACAUUGGAUGGUCCAUUGUUAUGGCUCAAGCCUUCGUUUGACCUUAGUCAGUAUGAUUACGGAAAGCGGUGCAAAGCUUGUUUAAUAUCGUAUACAUGUUACAAAUCAGAUGAUUCUACGUCAUAUUUUAAUUAUGUUACUUCUAUGAUCCAGCCUAUUAGCGAUUUAAUUGACUGUAUGACGAAAUAUGGAAGGUCUAUAGUGGGUUCACUGGAUGAGAUACCUGAGGAAAUUGAUCUUAACACGAAUGAUAUGGGUCAUGUCUACAAUGAAACUCCUGUUGAUGCUUUUGUUAAUGAUGAGAGUUCCGAUGGAGGGGCUAAUAAUUCCGUUAAAGAAUCGUCAUCUGGGAGUGCGCCUAAUUUCGGCUUGGGCAUUUUGAAUAAUUUUUGCAAAUCGGAUCACUCCAUAUUUUUAACUCUGCGGGAUAUUUGGCGUCAUCCUGACCUUUAUGGUCCCAUAUGGAUAAAUAUAAUGGUCUCUGGUGUCAUGUUCAAGAUGUAUGUUCUUCAUCAGUAUCAUUUGGGUAUUAAUGAAGGAUUCCUAUCGCUAUCUACUUGGUUAUAUUUUCUUUUUCAUUGCAUGUGUUGUUCUCUUUUGAUGUCAUUAUUCAUGUUACUAUGUCGUAUAUAUAUUUGUGGAUUCGAUCGUUAUACAUGUUACUUACCAUUUUUAUCGAUUAGUGGUUAUAUGCAAAUUCCAUUAUUAAUAUUUUGCAAGUUGAGUGUUUGGAUGUCUCUUCUUCGCCUCUGCAUUCCUAGUUUAUCUUCUUUGAUGAGGGUUAUGAACUGUUUGACGUAUUUAUACUUUAUUAUCACAAGUGCUUCUACGGUGUUGCUGUUUAUUCCACCUGUUCAUGUUAGUCAGGCUGAAAGUGAUAUAUCUUUAAAGUUUUAUUCGGCAAUGACGACUACUGCUGUCCAACUGUUGUAUUUCUAUUACUUUUCACAACAUUUUUGACGACAUUAAAGGAUAAUACCAUUGCGGUCAAUUCAUUGUGUAAGGUUACCAUUAUAUCGCUUCAAAUUCUAUUAGACAAUUGAGUGGAUAAUCUUAUGAAUACACAGGAGUAUUCUCGACUCCUAAAGAUAU